GCCGGACGGUGGCUUGAGAGUCCGUGCGUUCCGCGUGGGGCGGCGGCGGCGGCGGCGGCGGCAUGGAGCGGGACCCCAGCCCCGGGGGCGCGCGCCGGGCGCUGGGCCGCCUGCUGGAGGCGGUGCUGGCGAGUCGCCGCGAGGCCAACGCCGUGUUCGACAUCCUGGCCGUGCUGCAGUCGGAGGACCCGGAGGAGACCCAGGAAGCUGUGCGCGCGUGCAGCCGCCUAUUCGGGGCCCUGCUGGAGCGGGGAGAGCUGUUUGUGGGCCAGCUGCCCUCUGAGGACACGGUCAUGGCAGGGUCCCAGGGGGCGACGCGGAAGUACAAGGUGUGGAUGAGACACAGGUACCAUAGCUGCUGUAACCGCCUGCGGGAGCUUCUGGCCCACCCCUCCUUUGAGGUCAAGGAGCUGGCUCUCAGCACGCUCAUGAAGUUCGUACAGCUGGAGGGAGCACAUCCCCUGGAGAAACCCAAGUGGGAGGGCAACUAUCUGUUCCCUCGCCAGCUUUUCAAGUCGGUGGUGGAAGGCCUGCUGUCUCCGGAGGAGGACCGCUCGCUGCUGGUGUCGCGGUUCCAGGAGUACCUAGAGCACGACGACGUCCGCUACCACACGAUGCAGGCGGCCACGGGUGUCGUGGGCCAGGUGGCUGACAGGUACCCCGAGGUGCCGCCUCCUUUCUGGAACAACGCCUUCGCGCUGCUGUCUGCCGUGAGCCUCCCUUGCCAGGAGAUCAGCUCCUCCGGCUUCUACGUGAAACACGCUGAGCUGUCGCACAAGUGGAAGGUCGCUCAUCUGAAGGAGCACAAGAAGGCCUUCCAGCUGAUGUGGCUGGGUUUUCUCAAGCACAAGCUGCCCCUCAGCCUGUACAAGAAGGUGCUGGUGAUCGUGCACGAUGCCAUCCUGCCCCACCUGGCCCAGCCCACCCUCAUGAUCGACUUCCUUACCCGUGCCUACGACGCGGGGGGCGCCAUCAGCCUGUUGGCCUUGAAUGGACUUUUCAUCCUGAUUCACAAGCACAACCUCGAGUACCCUGAUUUCUACCGGAAACUCUACGGUCUCCUGGACCCGUCUGUCUUCCACGUCAAGUAUCGGGCCCGGUUUUUCCACCUGGCCGACCUCUUCCUGUCGUCCUCCCAUCUGCCCGCCUACCUGGUGGCUGCCUUCGCCAAGCGCUUGUCCCGUCUGGCGCUGACGGCGCCCCCCGAGGCCUUGCUCAUGGUGCUGCCCUUCAUCUGCAACCUGCUGCGCCGACACCCCGCCUGCCGCGUGCUGGUGCACCGCCCACUGGGCCCCGGUGAGCGCGUGGCGGGGGGGUGGGGUGCUUGGUGA